AUGCAUUAUCUGGUAUACAGUUAUCCAAGAUAUGUCCAUUUCUUAAGUGCUCUAAUAUGGGCAUCUAUCAUCAGAUACGUAGGUUCCAGAUUUCAUCAAGUCAAUGAUUGUUUACAUGUACUCUAUUCUGAUCUUUUCGAAAAUAAUGCAGAUUAUAGAGGACAAAACAGAUGCCUUUUAGUGAAUCAUCGGAUAACAGGAACUAAGAAUCACAUGCAUUAUAUAUGGAUUAUAAUACACGUCCACCUACAGCUAUGCCUUAUAUCACGCAAACUAAACAAAGUAUUCAACAUUCAAAUAUUACUACAAAUGCUACUGCUCUUUACAGAAACUAUGACUUUCUUUAUUCAUAUGUAUUUGUUGUUUACAAAUACUGGUAAUAUAAUCAUAUCUGAUAAUAGAUUCUUGUUCAUAAAUGUAAAUUUUCAAAUUCUAAAUAGCAUCUUCUUUCUCACAUUAAACUACGUAUGUCAAACUGUUUACGAUAAGAUAAACGAGACAGUAGCGAUUCUUCACAAAUUAUCCAGUUAUAAUUUCGAUGAGAACUUACACGAACAGAUUUUACAAUUUAUAUUGCAAAUAAAACAAAGGGAGGUAAAAUUUGGCAUGGAACCGUUCUAUCUAGGAUAUGCUUUCAUUCGCGAGUUUUACAAAACAGCUUUAAGUGUCGUGGUAAUUUUAAUACAGAUGGAUUUAAUAAAUAUUGUUUAGACAAACAUAACAUUACCAGAAUUUUGAUUAACAUUAAUCUCAACAUACACUAACAAUUCGAUAAUUAUGCUAAUCGACG